GUAGGUUUCAAAAGUCUGCCUUCAUUUUGAGGUGAAUUCAAAAUGAGAGCCCUCACUUCCUGUGUGUGGUACACCAUGUUGUGAGUGUCACACACAAAGACAUACAGACACAAGACUGAGACCAAACUCUCAACCUGCCUAUUUCGAAUUUAACUUUACUCUGAAACCUUUGGUAAAAUAGUGCAGAUAAUUGAACAUGAUCUCCCGGACCGUCCUUGCUGUUGUCCUGCUCGUCAUAGCAACAGUGGAAGCAAAAAAAGGUGAUGUAACCUUCUGGAUGGACAAAAUUAAGCUGACAUGUCCUGGGAAUGGAGAAUGGUUUGAUGGCAGUCAUAAAAGUAUGAACAGAACUGAUACCACACUUGAACAAAAUUUCAUUGGUCCCAAGGAACAAUACCACUGUCUACAUGACUCAGAGUCCUACUACUUCUAUAUCAUUGGAAAAGCCUGUACAUACUGUUUCGAGUUGGAUGCCGUUGUUUUAGCCGUAGUCAUUGUUACGGAUGUGAUUGUAACAGGUAUAGUCAUGAUAAUGGUCUACAAAUGCACCAAGAAGAAAACUGCAGGACCACAACAUGCACCUAAAGCUGGCCGUACAAGACUCGAAAACAUACCCCUCAGUGAUCAUAGUUCUCCUUAUGCUCCUCUGAGCCACCACACUCGCUCCAAUGACACCUAUUCUCAUAUCCAGCCAUCCAUUAGCAAGACAGGAUAGAGACAGGACCACUGCCUAGGACAAUUUAACAACAUCUAAUGAACUGAAGAGGAUCUCAGCGGUCGUGGUCAUUGGAGUCCUGCAUGUACUGAACACAGACAGGGACACUUUGCAAGUCUGAAAAUAUCUGGGCUGGGAGUUUUGGUGGACCUUUUGUAAACACAGUGAUGUCUGUUAGUAUGGACAGUAAGACAAGGAGAGCAAGGAUUGGAGAAACACAGCUUUUUGAAAUUUGGAAAUUAUUGGCAAGUUUGCUUGUGAUAUUUACUUCUCAAAAGACAAAUACAAGCUCUGUAAUAAAACUGACACCCUAAAUCAGGAACACUCUAGAAAUGAUUAUCAGAUACAGAUACAGAUACAAUACAGUAAUUCAUCUUUAUUGUAUUAUUGAUACUUUUUGAUACUUUGCCGUGACGUCACACUGUGGGUGUGCUAUAUGUAUCUCUAUAGACAAAACAUUCAGCAGUUACCAUGGUAACACAAUGCACACAAAAAUGUUUUAAGUCUGAAAACUCAACAAAAAAACAUAAAACGGAUUUUUUAAAAAAUUUUCAGGAGCCUGUGAUACAAGUGUACAAUACAAGUGUUCAUGGUCCUGCUUAGGUGUUUGGUUUUCUGUUUUUUUUUUUUGGUUUUGGUUGAAAAACUGUAGGCUAAUGCUAGCUAGCCUGAGACCAAAAUUUUAUUUUUGAGAAACUUGUUUAACAGCACAAAUCAGUUCACUUGUUGCCGUUCCAGCUGGUUCUUUAUGGUCAGAUUGUGAUAAAACAAAGUUUAGAAAUUAGAUUAAAAUCAGAUUUAUGUAACAGAGCUUCAGACAGAGCAGUGCCCACAGAUAGCACCACACCCAGGGGCGGACUGGCAAUCUGUGCGUUCCGGAAAAGUCCAGAAUAGCCAUUUGACCAUGGGCCGAUUGGGGCUGCCGUAACACGCCCCCACUCCUCAAUUUUUUUCCGUGAGCCGAUUUUUCAGGGAAAGGUCCAGGGCCGUUUUUUGGUCCCAGUCCGGCCCUGACCACAGCACCAGGGAGUGCUGAUGACAUCAGCUGCAAAGUAUCAAUAGUGUCUUCUUAUAUGUGUACAUAUGUAAAGGGUCACUGAAUGUCUAAUGCCUGUGUAUAUAUUGGAUUAGACUCUUAUGUUAUAUUAAAAGCAGUGUUGUUGUUUUUUUGUACAUCUCAUUUUCCCUGAUGUGGUAACUAUUAUUACCCACUGUUUCUCUGAGCACAGACAUAUUCAAAUGUACAAGAGUUUAUGAGUUUAUUUGAUUCAUUUAGGUCUAAUAUCAACUAGCAUGCCACAUUGUAACACUGCUUCUUGAUUCCCUGUUCUGUCUUGAUGUCAUUGUAAAUAAUAA